AUGUCUGAUUGGACAAGUCUGUGGUAUGUCUGGUUGCUCUUGCUGACUGUGUGCCUGUUCCUGCUCUGUGGGAUCACAGCGACCUGCGUCAAGUUCUGCUGUCGAAAGAAGAGGCUUCCAGUGGAGCCCUUCCCCCGGCACCCCUGUGAGCUGGCAGGGAUUGCCAUCGACAGUGACAGCACUGCCCACAGCACAGUGACCUCAUACAGCUCGUGGCAGUAUCCUCCCAGUGUCCAGAUCCCAUCAGUGUUUGUGGAUAUGGAUAAGAACACUGUGUCCCCUCCAGCUUACAGUGUCUAUGCAAUGGACUUGCCACCUUCCUAUGAUGAAGUUGUCCAAAUGGGCAAACCACGGGUUGAAGUGGCACAGCUAAACCAGAAACUCAGUGACAUCCCUGAACAGAUGACACUAGGUGGGCUGAAUCCCAACCAGAACCCACCUGAGACAACCAGCAGAGCUCCAGCAGCACAGGCAAACUCAGAAACUGUGGAAGAUGCAGCACAGGAACAGCCACAGAUCUGA